GCCUGUUUCAUUCUACCCUGCAGUAUCUUUCACUGAAAGAAGACAUAAGAGCCAGAAUGGAGUAUCAACAUGACAUAGAGAUCAACGGAGAAGACAAGUACCUGAACAUCUGCAAACAUAAUGGUUUGUUCGAGAAAGAGAAGGACUCCAAAGAUGACACAGAUUCAAACAAGCUGUCUCACAUUGAGAAGGCUUAUACCACCAUACUGGGGGAGCUGGGGGAGGACGUCGACCGGGAGGGACUUCUACGUACACCUCUACGUGCAGCCAAAGCCAUGCAGUUCUUCACCAAAGGCUACAAAGAAACCACUCAAGAUAUCUUGAAUGACGCAAUCUUUGAUGAAAACCACGAUGAGAUGGUGAUUGUCAAGGACAUCGAGCUGUUUUCUCUCUGUGAACAUCACCUGGUGCCCUUCUUUGGCAAGGCUCACAUAGCAUACCUCCCAAAUAAGAAAGUGGUUGGCCUAAGCAAGCUUGCUAGAAUUGUUGAAAUAUACAGCAGGAGGCUUCAAGUUCAGGAACGUCUAACCAAACAGAUUGCUUCAGCCAUCUCUGAGGCGCUGGAGCCGGCUGGAGUAGCAGUGGUGAUUGAGGCUGCCCACAUGUGCAUGGUGAUGAGAGGUGUGCAGAAGAUGAACGCCAGCACUGUUACAAGUGUCAUGCUGGGAACAUUUCAGGAUAAUCCCACCACCAGGAAGGAGUUCCUUGACCUCGCUAUCAGGAAGUGAAUAUCUUUUACAUCAGCAGGCAAUUUAACAGAGGAGGGAUUAAUUGUACUGUCUCUCGUGGCGGUGGUGAACCUUCAAGCUUUUUCUAAGUAUUUAUUUUUAUCUUAUUUGACCAUCACCCG